AGGGAGGCUUGGAGGCAGCGGCUUCGUCAAACCGACCGACCGGGCGGCGCGGCGGGCUCCUCGCUUCUUCGCCGGGAUCCUGAGCGGGCGGCUUCCCCGCCGGAGCUGUUCCUGAAUUGGUAAAAUGAUUCACAAUAAAACAAUUUAUACUUUGCUGUGUUUCAUGGCAUUGGUUAAUAGAUUCUGUUUGGCAGGUGUAUUACAGAAUCCUGGAAAUAUGUCUUGCAUUUUUCACUAUCAAUUACCGCAGUCGCCAAAUACUCUUAUUUGCAACUGGACUCCUGCAAAAGAAACAAACUUGGAUGCAGACUAUGUUUGUAUCAGGAAACCUGAUGCUGGAGUCCAGGAUGAAAGAAUAUUGACAAAUUAUUCAUGUAUAUUUCAUGAUGUUCCCUUAUUGUCGUCUUACUGCAUCUACCUGAAGGCACCAGAUCCCUUUGGAACAUCAAAGUGUACACACUUUCACUCUGCAGAAAUUUUGAAACCUGAUCCUCCUCAGCUAAAUGAAUUAGAACCAGUUCCAGGGAUGAAGCAAAUGCUAAGAGUUUCCUGGACAGGCCCUCAGAAGUUACCACGAAGUACGAAGUAUGUUGCUGAUAGAAAGUACGAAAUUCGAUACACAGCGACUACAAAAAAUCACUCGAGUACGAUGUUUGUCCCUGGAAACCAGACAUCCAUUAAUCUCACAAAUCUAUUACAUUGUACAAAUUAUACUGUUGCUGUUCGGUGCCAUCUUAACGGAUCAAAGUUCUGGAGUGAAUGGAGUAAUGUGAAAACAGGAACACCAGAAGAACCAGAUCCUUUGAAAGUAGACUUGUGGAGAGUAAUUGAACUGCAUCCCUCUAGUGGGAAACGAACAGUACAUCUUUUGUGGAAGGAAAAUGAAGAAUUCCAAUGUUCAGGAAAAAUGAAUAAUUAUGAAAUAAGGUACUCCACAGAAAACAACACCUAUUUUGAACAUACAAAGGGCAACACUUUCACUCUCCACCUGACAGAGGAAGCCUAUGUGAUCAGUGUUGCUGCUUUCAAUGUAACUGGAGAGUCUCCUGUGGCUACUGUGAAAAUCCCCUCAGUAUCUGAAGAACACACGGAUCAUCAAAGGAUUGUAACUUUGAAUGCAUCUGCUUUAAAUGAACAAAUAAUUUUGGAAUGGGAGCCAUCCGAUUUAGAUAUAAAUGGUUACGUUAUAGAAUGGUAUAAUGACCUGGAGCCAAACUCCUACAAACGCUCAUGGCAAAAGAUAACAAAUGUUACAAAAUGGACAUUUCCCAAAGGUGCCUUCAUACCUUUCAAACGUUAUAAGAUUUCUGUGUAUCCCUUGCUUAAUGGUGAAAUAAAAGUUCCAAGUUCCACAAGAACCUACUUUCGUGAAGGAAUCCCAUUAGAGGGUCCUUCAGUUGAACCAGCAGAAAAUAUUGAUAAAAACAGAGCUACUAUAAAAUGGAAGGAAAUUCCAGAAGCAAAACGAAAUGGUAUUAUUAUUAGCUACACCGUAUUUUAUAAAUCGGAAGAUGGAAAAGAACUGGGAGAAACUGUUAAUGCCAAUGUUCUGCAUUACCAGUUGAAGUCCUUACAAGCAAACACCAAGUAUGAAGUUCAUGUGAUGGCGAGCACUGUUGCUGGUGGAAAAAAUGGAAGUGUAGUCGUUUUUGUCACCACUAAACUGGGUGCGGUAGAUAUUAUUCUUAUAUCCAUCCUUCUUGGAUUGUUCAUGUUAUGCCUCUUAAUAGUUGGGAUAUUGGGGGCGGUGAAAAGGCACAAGUUAAAACGUAUUUUAUGGCCUCCAAUACCACAUCCUUCCAUUACAACAACGACAACUCAGAAGCUGCCAGUUUGGAAAAAUUCACCCAUGGAAGAAACACACAACAUUAGUUUAGAAGCAUAUCCUUGUAGUGAGAAGUGUGAUAAAUUACAGUUGCCGAAUCAUGAAAACUCCAUCACACAGAAAAUUAUCCCUGAUAACGUGUGUGGUAGAGAAUAUGAAGUCAUAAUUGGUCUUCCAACAAUAUCCUCUGUAGAACGUGAUUCUAAGAGUCCAGAUCUCCGAGCACUGAAUGAGAGUUCCAAUGAUUACGAAAACAUUGAAGACCAGUCACAUUUGAAUAAGGCGUUUAACCCAUACUUUAAAAACUCAGUUUCAAAAAGGGAGUUCCUAAUGUGUGAGAACUCAGCUGAAAAUACACACGGGCCUAAACUACAAUCUGUUCCUUUAACCUUUUGCUUGCCAAACAGCACUGCAUGUCCUUAUGUGCCCCUAGACAAAUUUGCACAAUUCAGAGAACAUACUGAACUACAGGAUACCUAAAAUGAUUGAGGGAGAUGUCUUUCCAAGAAGCAUGCUAUUUCAGCUGGCCACUACUCUGAGCUGAAGAAAAUCGUGGUAUUGCUUUUUUUCUCCAAGUGUUAACUAUCAUCAUCUAAGAACUGCUUGUCCCUUCAACUGUUGUCAAGCAUCCAAGGUCUUUUCUGUUGCUGUUUUCUGUUUUUAGCAAAAAUGAAAUGACAUAACAACAUCGGGCCAUGUUCCCUUUGUAAAUACAGCCUUUCCUAAUGUGAAGGAGUGACAAACAGAAUAUGAAAAAAAAAA